AUGUCUAGCAUCACUCAGACAAAGACAACGUUCGACCCGGCGUCGUUCGGCAAGCUGCGGUUAAAGAGCCAUGACUCUCUGUACACGAUAGACGAUUUGAUCAGAUCGCAUGCUGCAGAGCUUGAGGACUUUACCUUGAUAGGAGCCCCUGUUUCAGGUCUCACAGAUUUCGAGGAAUACUCUGCUCGUGAUGUCGACAAGUUUGCAGAUGCAGCAGCAGCUCGGUUGCAACAGUUGGGUCUGAAGCCUGCAGAUCCGAGUCUGGACGAAGUUCCUAUCGUCGGCAUGUUGUGUGUGUCGGGCUUGGAUAUGGUUGUGACACUUUUUGGACUCUUGAGACUAGGUUAUGGAGCUCUUUUACUAUCAACGAGACUGGCAGCUCCAGCUUACGCUCGGCUGAUGGGAAUGGUGAACUGCUCCACUCUAAUCUCCACGGAUUCGUUCAGCUCAAUCAUUGACGAUGUUGAGACCGAACGACCUCUCGUUCGUAUAGAUCUGUUACAACGAUCAGACUACAUUGGUAUCGAUGCGCCCUCUUUCAGACGCAGGUGCGAUCCUUCCAAAGAGACGAACAAAAUCGCAGUCAUCAUACACUCAUCUGGGUCAACUGGUUUUCCGAAACCAAUCUAUCUUCGACACGCCCAAUGCCUGGCGACAUUCACGCAAAACUUUGGCAUGCGCGGAUUUCUGGCAUCUCCACUUUUCCACAGCCAGGGAUUCUAUGAGAUGUUCAGGACAAUCUACUCUAAGAAGCCACUCUAUCUCUGCAACUAUACGAUCCCGCACACUCGCCAGGGGUUAACGGCUCAGCUACAGUACUUGAAGCCCGAAAUCUUCAAUUGUGUGCCGUACUUACUGAAGCUGUUGUGCGAAACAGAAGAGGGGAUUAACGAGCUAGCAAAAGUCAAGCUCGUGCUUUAUGCGGGUAGUGGUUGUCCAGAUGAUGUCGGAGAUCUUCUUGUGAGUCGAGGUGUCAACUUGGUGCAAAACUAUGGCUGCACCGAGAUUGGUCGCAUCAUGACCUCGUUCCGAUCGCCAGAAGACACCGAGUGGAACUAUUGUCGCCUCAACCCACCAGUUUCAGAGCAUGUCUUGAUGGACGAAAUAGCGCCUGGUAUCUUUGAGUGUGUUGCGCUCGAGAGUCUGAAGACUAGAGUCGCAGUCAACUCGAACAAUCCUCCAAACUCUUUCCGAUCUCGAGACCUGUUUGCCCCUCAUCCGACAAGGCCAAACCUCUGGAGAUACCUUAGCAGACUUGACGAUCGGCUGACGUUAGUUAAUGGCGAAAAAGUCCUACCCUUACCUAUCGAGGGUCGCAUCCGUCAAGACCGCUUGGUUCAGGAGGCCGCGGUUUUCGGCAUCGGUCGAAGUGUGCCAGGAGUGAUUAUUUUUAGGUCUUCCGACGCGAAGAACAUGCCAGACGCUGAGUUCCUCCAAGCUGUGUGGCCUGCUGUGGAAGAUGCCAACGCAAGAGCGGAAAGCUUUUCCAGAGUCCCUAGAGAGCUGGUAGUUCUCGUCGCCGCAGACACUGCAUAUCCAAAGACUGAUAAGGGGACCUUUAUCAGAGCCAAAGUCUACGACCAGUUCAAGGACAAGAUUGAGAAAGUGUAUAACGACUUUGAGAACGGUCAGCUGGGAGAUCUGACACUGGAGGUACCCGAGCUCGAGAGCUGGCUCCUCAGCGAGUUCAACAAGGAACUUGAAGUCUCACUGGAUUCCGACACAGACUUCUACCAAGCUGGUAUUGAUAGUCUUCAAUCCACCAGAAUGUGGUCGAGUAUCAAGAAGCAGAUUAAUCUGGGAGGCAACCAUAGGUCGCUGAGCCGGAACGUGCUAUACGAGACAGAAAACAUCCGCGGACUGGCCGGACAUCUUCAUUCGCUAAGGAAUGGCGAAACUAAGACCCAAGACAACGAGAUCACUGUUAUGGAGGAGCUCAUCGCCAAAUACUCGGACUUCAAGCACCAUGAACAAUGCAAGGCGACUACCGACGGCAAGGAUGUUGUAAUUCUCACGGGAGCCACAGGCACAGUCGGUAUUCACAUACUGACCAAGCUGGUCAAGCAGAAAAAUGUUUCAGCAGUGUGGGCUAUAGUCCGAGCUUCGUCAGUUUCUCAGGCCUCUGAUAGAAUAUCAGACGCUCUCCGCUCACGCGACCUUUCGCUCACGGAAGCCGAACGCGCAAAGAUCGUGCCUUUCCUUGGUGAUCUGAGCAAGUCAGAUCUCGGACUCGAGAGGGAUACUUUCCAGGAGCUAAUUUCGCAGCUUACGCAUGUGAUACACAGUGCUUGGGCAGUCAACUUCAAUCUCGGUGUCAAGAGUUUUGAAGAUCAGCAUAUCAAGGGAGCGUACAACCUCAUUCAGAUCUGUCUCUCUACCCGUACGCCGAAGCCUGCAAAGUUCUUCUUUUGCUCGUCAGUCUCAUCGGCUGCAGGUACACCUGCUGAUCAGAAGGUGGAGGAAGGCCCCGUACCACAACUUGAAUACGCCCAAGGGACAGGAUAUGGCAGAUCUAAGUUGGUGACCGAGCGUAUCGUGCACAAUGCCAUGAAGAGCACUGGUAUGUACGCUAGAGUCCUGCGACUUGGCCAGAUCGCUGGAGACAGCCAACGCGGACAGUGGAACACAACCGAGGCCAUUGCCUUGAUGAUCCAGACAGCAACGACAAUCAAGGCUCUUCCGACUCACAAUGAAGAGCUCUCGUGGCUACCAGUAGAUAUGGCAGCAUCAAUUGUCGCAGAGCUCUCCGGCAUAGCCCAGCCAAUUCACGACGCUCAGCUCAAAGACGACGGACUCGUCUAUAACAUCCAAAACCCGAAGGUCUAUCACUGGACUCGUGAUAUCCUGCCAGCUUUACGGAACGCAGGUCUUACAUUCGAUGAAGUUUCGCCGAAGGAGUGGGUGCAAAGGCUUCGUGCUGGUGACCAGAAUCCAGAGACCAAUCCUCCUGUCAAACUGACAGACUUCUUCGCCGAAAGAUAUGGCAAUGUUACUGAGGAUGCGCCGAUGAAGAGUGCUGGUCGCUACGUGACAACCCAGACAUUCCAAGACAGUGCCACCAUGUCGAGGAUACCGGACCUGAUUGAUUCUGGGAUGGUGGCCAAGUUCGUCAGGGCCUGGGCGAAGGAGUGGUGCGUAACACUGGCGCAUUGA